CCCGACCACCGAGUCGCGGUUUGCCCCUUUGGCUACCCCACCAGAGGAUCCUCAGGACAUGACAGACGUAGUUUUCUCUGCCCCGUCGUGUGUCGAGGUAUCGUCUGCCUCCCAGCAGACCGCCGCAUGUAGUGCUUCUCCCCCAAGACUUCCGACGCGUCGCGCCAUUCGCACAGCCCGUUGUAGCGCUCAGCUGGCGACUCGCGAUGACGUUGUGUCAUCUCUCCUGGACUUGAGCAUUCUGCAGGCUCGUCAGGAGCGACUCACGAGACACAUCAACGUCCUGCGUCGUCUUCUCGCUCUGCUCUCUGACCCUGAUCGCACCCUUCCCAUCAUCCCUAUUCGCCUAGGGACAUCUACGAGGGUGUACCGCGCUUCAUGGGACUCUGGCUCGCAGGGAGAUUUCGUUCACCCUCGAGUGGUUGAGGAAGCUCGCCUAGCUACCUUUGGCUCUCGCUCUCCUAUCUCCGUUACCCUCGGAGAUAACAAGACGCAGCGCUUAUUCGAUCAGACGGUCCCCGACCUCCACUUCUCCCUCACCCUCCAGCCAUCGGAUAGUACCCAGACGCCUAGGCGUUACCAUUCCUCUGCAUACUUCGACGUGCUUGAGACCGGGUAUGACUUUAUCCUUGGCACUCCCUGGUCUCGCCGGUUUCGUGGCACAGAGGCCGAAUGGGCGACCGAGACACUCGUUCUCAAAACGAAGUGUGGUCAGACUCACCGCGUCCCGUUCAUUGGAACCACGAGCGACACCCCGCCCGACCUACCUCCCCAGGACCCUCGUCCCUCAGGGUCCCACCUCGACAUUGCGUUCACUUCCCCUCGUCAAUUUGCUCACUUCAUACGACAGGAGGAUGUCACGUUCUACUCAAUGAACGUCAUGGAUCUUUUUCGCUAUGAUCCACUUUGUCCCGAGGUUGAGCUCAUCUCUCUGGAGCUUGAUCCCCCGGAUCCUUCCUCCAUCUUUGCGGCUCCCAUCUCUACGUCCACCCGUCAGCAUGCGGAUACCCCCUCCAUGUCCCAAGCCUCUGCGCCGUCGACUGUCGAGUCCACACAUACGUCUCGUGCCGAUGCAGACGCUGAGGAACUCACACUGUUCAUGGUAGACUUAGAGUCGGUCGUUCGCGACCUGAUUCGAGAGUACCGCGACGUCUUUCCCCCGUAUUUCUCAUACAGCGGGAUUCCCCCGAUGCGCGGUGUUGAGCAUUCUAUCCAACUCAUGCCUGACUAUCGUGUUCACCAUCAGACACCGUACCAACUCUCGAUCCCAGAGGUGACGAAACUCAAGCAUCAGCUUGAGGAGCUCCUUCGACUGGGUUUCAUUAAACCCAGUAACUCCCUUUGGGGUGCACCUGUCCUCUUUGCUCGCAAAGUGGACGGAACUCUCCGCCUCUGCAUCGACUACCGUGGCCUUAACCGUUACACGGUUAAGAACAGUUAUCCCAUGCCCCGCGCGGAUGAGCUGUUUGACCGUCUGGCAGACAACCGCUUCUUCAAGAAGAUCGAUCUUCGUAGCGGUUACCACCAGAUCCGCGUUGCCCCAGAGGAUCAGCCGAAUACCGCCUUCCGGUCGCGCUUCGGCCAUUACGAGUUCACGGUGAUGCCAUUCGGCCUCACCAAUGCACCCGCCACCUUCCAAACGGCGAUGAACGAUAUCUUCAGGGGCAUCCUUGAAGAAUACGUUUUCGUAUAUCUGGACGACAUGUUGGUCUAUAGUCGUACCUUAGAAGACCAUAUCAGACACCUCCGCGAUGUCCUACAGCGCUUACGCAAGCAUGGCUUUUAUGCCAAGCUCAUUAAGUGCCGCUUUGCCCAGCGCAAAGUGGACUUCCUAGGACACCAUGUGUCUGACCAGGGUCUCCACAUGGACGACGCAAAGAUCACUGCUAUUGCAGAGUGGCCCGUCCCCACAUCUACCAAGCAGCUUCGCAAUUUCCUAGGCCUCACCAGCUACUAUAUGAUUUCUGCCCAGUGCUCUGAAUGUCAAAGUGAAGAGAUUCAAUCAAGCGCGGGUAAACGGCGGGAGUAACUAUGACUCUCUUAAGGUAGCCAAAUGCCUCGUCAUCUAAUUAGUGACGMGCAURAAUGGAUUAAYGAGAUUCCMACUGUCRCUAUCUACCAUCCUGCGAAACCACAGCCAAGGGAACGGGCUUGGAAGAAUCGGCGGGGAAAGAAGACCCUGUUGAGCUUGACUCUAGUUCGACUCUGUGAAAUGACUUGAGAGGUGUAGAAUAAGUGGGAGCCUUACGGCGCAAUUUACGGGUUCCGGGGUAAGUAUGGUCGCAAGGCUGAAACUUAAAGGAAUUGACGGAAGGGCACCACCAGGCGUGGAGCCUGCGGCUUAAUUUGACUCAACACGGGGAAACUCACCAGGUCCAGACAUAGCAAGGAUUGACAGAUUGAGAGCUCUUUCUUGAUUCUAUGGGUGGUGGUGCAUGGCCGUUCUUAGUUGGUGGAGUGAUUUGUCUGGUUAAUUUCAUUAACGAACG